AUGUCCAUGGGGGCCCACAUCAGAGCCGUAACAAAAAAGGCCAACAAGGCCUUGAACAGCAUCAGUCGCCUUCUACCAAAAGUGAAUGGGCCCCGUGAAAGCACCAGGAGGAUAUUAUGCUCAGUAGUGACUUCAAUACUACUAUAUGGCGCCUCAAUAUGGGAGCAAGCAGUUGAGAAGAAAGUCUAUAAAAGGAUUCUGAGUAGUGUUCAAAGGAGGGUAGCCAUAAGAGUCUCCGAAGCAUACAGAACAACUUCCAAUAAGGCACUUAUUAUGGUGAUAGCUAGGAUCCCACCUAUUAAUCUUCUAGUUAAGUGCAGAGCCCGUAUAGAGAUAGAUGGACCAGACGCUAAAACGGAAGCACAAAACACGAUGAUGUUAUGCUGGCAAGAGGAAUGGGACAUGGCCUACUUCAAACGUUUCAAUCUGGCCGAAACCGAGGAGUGCCUUUAUUGCAUAAACGUGGAUACGGUUGAACACACUCUAUUUUUCGGCCCAAGAUGGAACAUGCAGCGGGAUAUAGCAGAGCAAAUACUCGGUCACAUAAGCCCAGACAACCUAAUAGAAAAAAUGUUAGUCACCGACAAAUUGGGACCACUCAAUAGGAGACCGAAAGAUCAUAGGGAAGAUCAUAGGGCGCGUCCGGACGACACUCCAUCUGAAGUAAUGCUGACGCAGUUCCAGAUGGAGGGCACACUGUUUUGUCGUCAAGAGAGGAAGUGUGAGUACGCUCACACUGGGUUUACACGGUCGGCUGUUGCCAACCCGUCGUCGCCAAGGGGACACACCAUCCAUCCCCAGGGUGUUGAGACGCCCAGAACGGUCUGA